AUGUCACUCAAGAUUGAAUCUUUUACCAACUGGGCCAUUGGCCUGCCAAUGCUUCUUCAAACGUCGACCGUGGUCGGCUUCUUGUUGCUUGGAUACAUUGUUUACUAUCGCUACCUCCACCCGCUCGCCAAGUACCCUGGUCCGCCCCUCGCUUCGCUCACCAACCUGUGGAAGACAUACAAUCUUUGGAACCUACAUCUCCCUCAUACGCUUGUUCGUCUGCAUGAGCAGUAUGGCGAAGUCGUACGGGUCGGGCCAAAUGACUUGUCGUUUCGAAAUCCCGAUGCCGUUAAUACCAUCUACAAGGCAGGCCGACAAUUACAGAAGACAGGGUUUUACGAUGGGUUUACGGCUUUCAAUCCUAACUUGUUCGGAACACAAGAUGAAGAGAUUCACGCCAUCAGGCGUCGCCAAAUGGCCCAUGCUUUCUCCCUGCAAUCUAUCAAGGAGAUGGAGCAUUUCGUUGACAGCCAUAUCCUGAAACUUAGAAAAAGCCUUGAUAAUUUCUGUGACACUAACCAGGAGUUUGAUCUGAAGGACAUGAUUGCCUUUUACGUCUUUGACGUGCUUGGUGAGCUCGCUUUCAGCAGGAGUUUCGACUCGCAGAAUGAGAGAGAUGUAUCCCGGCUACCACCCAUCAACGACCAUAUCUAUCUUGCUUGUUUGAUGGGGAUGACGCCAGAGGCUCUCCCGUGGAUCAAGAAGGUUCUACCCUUCAUCCCCAAUCGAUGGAUCAAACGCCUACUCAACGCUCGUGCGCAGCUUCGGGACCUAACUGCGGCGUGCGUCCGGCAAAGAAUUGAGGCUGGAACCAGCGAUCGUAAGGAUCUUCUCUCGUCCUUACUGGCGGCCGUCGACUCUGAGACUGGGUCUAAGCUUACUGAGUUGGACAUUAAUACCGAGGCCUUUGCAAUGGUUGUCGCUGGAUCUCAUACAACCUCUGGAACACUGACACUAUUGUUCUCCCAUCUGUUGAAGAACACCGAGAUGUUGAACAAGGUAAUUGAAGAAUUAGACUCGAACUUGUCUAGUCAUACAGGUCAAGUCAUUCCCUUCGCGGCCCUCGAGAAAGACAUACCUUACACUAUGGCAUGCGUACAUGAAAAUUUCAGAAUCAACCCAGUGUUCACCAUGCCAUUGCCUCGGAAGAUUAUGACUCUGGGUGGAUUCACGAUCCAGGGACAACAAGUACCUCAGAAGACCGUUGUCUUCGCUCUAAACCACGUUGUUCACCACAACCCAUCGGUCUGGGGCAAAGACCACGAUCAGUUUAUCCCAGAUCGUUUCCUCGGACCCAACGGCAAGGAGCUCCAGAGUUACUUGUCGCCUUUCAGUACUGGGCAUCGUGCUCUGGGUACCAUUGCCGGCGCGACCGCUGAAUGCUUUGCUACUGCCGGUGCCAGUCUCUUCCUAUCCGAUAUACAGCCUGCCCUGCCAGACUUUACCAAGGAUCGGCUUUUGCAUCUUGGUGCUGAUGCAGUACACUAUCAUCGCUGCGACGUCGGGAACCCCAAUGAAUGCGAGGAGCUGGUGAAACAAGCAAUUUCCACUGUAGGUGAUAUAGAUGUCCUUAUUAAUGGCGCUGGAGUUGUUGGUAUCCGCGUGUUCCAUAAGCAGGAUCCUGCUCUCUUCCUUCGGGACAUGGCGAUCAACUUCAACGGACCACUCGUCCUGAUGCGUUUAGUGUUACCGGGCUUUAUUGAGAGACGCCGAGGCUGCGUGAUCAAUAUCGCUUCCAAGGCGGCUACUGUAGACUUCCCAUUCAACAUUAGUUAUUGCACCAGCAAGGCUGCUCUGAUCAAGUUGACGAGCGUCCUCCAGGCCGAAGUUGAUGAAGUUGCUCCAUCAUCUGACAUCAAUCUAUACGCGAUCCAUCCAGGCGCGGUGCGUUCGGGCAUGAAGACAGCAGAUGGCCAUCAAGAUAGCGCGCUUGGAGAGUUCCCUCAAAUUAUGGGCCGCUUUGAAGAGUGGAUGAAAAGGUUCACUGGCUCGCCGCACUUGGCUGGUAUGUCAUGUGUAGCUCUCGCCACGGGUAUUGCGAAGGAUGCGCUGAGGGGCAGGUACUAUGAUGUAGAACAGGACUUGGAGGAUAUAAUUGCUCAGGUAGCGUUGCUGAAGGAGGAUCCGCUACUUCACCGUCUGAAUAUCAGUAUGCUCGGGGCAUUGGAGCGAGAGGAGGGGGCAAUUGACCAAGAGCCGGAGGAGAGGUUCGACUUCCCUGGAUUCUAG